CUCUAUUACUACACUUUCUUAACAAAUAUUAACCCCACGGAUGAACGAACGAACACAACUCUCCCUCUCCUUUUCAACUACGACAAUUACCCUGACACGAUAUCGAUCCUACCACCACCACCAAGACCUUACCGACAAACUUAUCACUGAUUCAGACACAUUCCGCAUCCGUCGCUGACUAAGCACUUCGCUCCACCGCCCAUCUCUAGAAAUGAAUUGAGCUUACAAGUUCAUGGACUCGACUCUGCUGGAAAGUCUUGAACCAUGUUUAACCUCAGCAACUUCGUGCAGAAGGCUCAGUCCGCUGCCCAGCAGCUGAUUGAUCCUAUGCAAGGGUUGAACUUGACAAACUCCGACCGACAUCCCUCCAAGGCUUCUCUCUUCCAGCAACAGUUCCGACUCCCUAGCUCCCAAACACCUCUAAUCGAAGUACCCGCCGAGCUUACGAUACCUCCUUCAAACGUAACUCAAGGGGACAAAGAACGUGAUCGAGGAUGGCAUUAUGCUGGAAAAUUACAUCUAUCUGAGGCAUUCAUCUGUUUCUCUACAACACCUACUAGUUUCUCCCAAGGGUCUAGUCCGUCAAGCUCCGCUGCAUUUACUGGUCAGACACAUGGCGCCGGGCCUAGUGGGAAUGGCUUUACUUUUCCUCUGUGCGCCAUCAGACGUGUUGAACGGCUUAACAGUCAGAACUCACAGUUUGCUCUUGCUAUAACGACUUGGAAUGGCAUCACACAAGAACAGGCCAAGGACAAAGAUGUGCAAAAAGACAAAAAAGAGUUAAGAGAACAGAGGAUCACCGUGCAUCUUGCUGCACCCCGCCCAGUCUGCGAGAGAUUUUGCGAUGUCCUCAAAAAAGGCCUGAGGGGUGCGGUCGGUCAUGUUGGGAAAUACAAAAAGGUGGUAAAUGAAUGCUACUCCGAAUAUCUCCUCCGACCAGAAGACAAGAAGAAUGCGAAUCCCCCCGAUGCCGGUUUGGGUAUGGUUUUCCGUUAUCCUGGCGACCCGAAGAAACUUAGAGAUCGAGCGAAGAUGAGGCUAUGGGCUGAAUAUCUCCGCGAUAAUGGCCGAAAUGCCACACUAAUCCGUCAACCCACAUUUCACAAAUUAAUCCGAGUCGGUCUUCCAAACCGCCUUCGAGGAGAGAUCUGGGAAUUAACUUCCGGAUCUUUGUUUCUGCGACUUGAAAAUCCUACCUUAUACACAGAUACACUCGCCAAAUUUGAAGGAAAAGAAUCUUUGGCUAUAGAUGAAAUAGAAAAAGACCUAAACAGAAGUCUUCCAGAAUACCCCGGCUUUCAAAGCGAAGAUGGAAUUAACCGAUUACGACGAGUUCUCACGGCCUACAGUUGGGUAAAUCCCGAAGUCGGUUAUUGUCAGGCUAUGAACAUUGUCGUCGCUGCCCUGCUAAUAUACAUGUCGGAAGCUCAAGCGUUCUUCCUCCUUUCGGCCCUGUGCGAUAGACUAGUCCCCGGUUAUUAUUCGUCCACCAUGUAUGGUACGCUCUUGGAUCAGAAGGUGUUUGAAUCCCUCGUCGAAAAGACCAUGCCGAUAUUGUGGGAACAUCUCGUUAAGAGCGAUGUACAACUUUCCGUGGUGUCUCUCCCUUGGUUCCUGUCUUUGUAUAUCAAUUCAAUGCCCCUAGUGUUUGCAUUCAGGGUUCUAGAUGUCUUUUUCGUCGAAGGUCCUAAAGUUCUCUUCCAGGUCGGACUAGCCAUUCUCCGGAUCAACGGCGAAGAGUUGCUGGAUGCUACGGAUGAUGGUGCUUUUAUUUCCGUGUUAAAAUCGUAUUUCUCACGCCUUGAUGAGUCCGCACAUCCGAAAUCCGAGAACCCGAAGUUGCGAGCCAUUAACAGGUUCCAAGAACUCAUGGUCGUCGCCUUCAAGGAAUUUUCGGGUGUCACGCACAGUACUAUUGAUGAUCUACGUUUGAAGAAUAAAGAUGCUGUUCUCAAUAACAUUGAGAACUUUGCUAAGCGUACAGCUAUUCGGAAUCUCGGGCCUGAUAGCAAAUUGCUAGGUCAGGAAGAGCUUGGAGCUCUAUACGAUAGAUUUUACAGAAUUCUGUAUGAACGACAGCAGCGAGAUCACAUUAUUCAAGAGCAGUUACGCCGAGCCAAGGCCAACAAGACCAGAGCGGCCGAUGCAUUCUCAGAGCAUCAUGACCAUGGUGUAGAGAAGGGUCGGGUCGGCCUUGGCCCUAGUACUAGUUUGAUGGAUUACGACGCAUUCCGAGAGUUCCUGGCUAGUGUAUCUAAAUGGGCCAUCUCAGAUGCGCCGCCUUCACCAAGGCGCGAUACAUAUUCAGACAAAGACCGCAAUUCUUAUUUUAGUAGUUUUAGACGUUCUGAUGCUAAUUUGUUAUCACCGUGGGGCGGAAAUCCGGAGCCAGCAGACCACGAAUUCAUGCAGAGACUAUUCCGGAGAUGGGACGUGGAUUCUAGCUCGACGUUAACGUUACAAAAUGUUGUGACAGGCUUUGCGCAUAUCAAGGGAAAGCGUGAUAUUAUGGGUACGAUUACAUAUUUCUUCGAACUUUACGACGAUGAUGGCGAUGGAAAAGUUGAUCGUGAGGGUAUUUUACGGAUAUCCGAAGCCCUCUUAUUCCUUUCGCGUCGUGGCCUCGAGGGAACGUUAAGUAACUCCGGUUCGAAUACGGCGAGCAACGUAUUAAGCGAUUCUACCAACGGUUCGAUGAGCCCUCCUAUCGGAGGUACUAUAAAUGAGCGGUUCUUGGGGAGUGUGAGCGCCUUCAUUAGACGUUGUUUCGAAUAUGCCGACCCGGACCAUCCUAGCAACCAAAACGCAAGUAGUGGAGCAGUAACAUCCAACACCAAUGAGACGGCAGAAGACAACAGUAAUGCAUUUGCUAUCGGCGAUGAUGAGGACGAAGAGGAAGAUGAAGAUGAAGAGGAUUUACUUGCCUUUGAAGGUCCAGCGGAAAGUCCCAAGCCGGCAAAAAAGAAACCGGACUUUGGAGAAUCAAUUCCUACAGCGUUGGGUAAACCUGAUACCGGCAAUGAGGCCAGGCGUGCAGUAUCAAAAGCGCAAUCUGAGAAAGCCAACGCCGCGCUGGAUCCGUCAAACCCGUUACAUAUCACUUUACCCACGUUUCGUAUGGUUGUACUCGCGGAUGAACUACUGGAGCAAUUCUUUGAGUCGUCAUUCCCCACCUCGCUACAUCUCAUUGAUGGGUUGGCAACCUCUGCUAGCCAAUCGACGUCAUCGCUUACUACAUUUUCCAAUAUGAGUUUCGGACGUUCACCUGCUGCGCCCAUUCCUGUUCCACAAGCUGGCGUUGCGGGAGCUGGACGCAGCCUACGCGGUGUUCUCGAUAAUAUUGUUACAGAUGCGUCACGUGUAGCAGCCGAGGUUCGACGACGAAUGGAAGAAGCACAACGUGAACUAGAAAAGAAUGCAGUGCCUGGACAAAGGGAUGAAGAGGAAGAGGAGGAAGAAGAUAUUCAGGGUCUCCGUCCGACUGGAUACGGUGGGGACCCUGAGCGAAGAAGUGUUCGGUCUUCGGAUAGAGACCUAUUGGAUGGUGCCGAUGCGGAAGCAGGAGCGGCAAAGGGCCAAGAAGGGCAAAGCCAAUCAAUUGUUAGCACAAAUGUUGUAGAAGAAGGGAGACCAAGAACAGCAAGUUCUACGACGCAGAGGAUAGUGGAGUUUGAGGGUUGAAUUGCAUGUAGAGGAUAGCACCGGACAUCAAGGGAGUUUAGGUAUCGGGUUGGAACAUGAUUGGAGGUCUUGGUGUUAUUUUUUCAUUGCCUCGUUCGCAGGGUGUAUGUAUGUACGACUUAAUGCCACGGGCAGCAAGAACCAUGUGCAAUUCAAAUUCU